UUAUAUCACCCAGCGCAGACGAAUCGUAGCCCUCGCCUUAUUUAUCGACCACGACACUCCACCGCCGAUGAAGAAGAAGAGCUGGGCUGUCCUGAUGCGAAGUCGCAUGGCGAUUCCCACCAGACAGCUUCUCCGAUCGGAUCCCCUUGCGCUUCCUCAGGACACUUCACGCGCAAGCGAGAUCGAUGAUGGGAGCAUAAAUACCAAUGCCCCAAGGGUUUCUUUGAAGGAUGUCAAAGAAUGGAUGCAAGCGUCCAUUUCCAUCUCCGCUGAAAAAACCGAGCUAGUCGAUGUGAACCUCGAGAAUUUCUCACAGGGCUAUUUGGGCUUGUCCCUAGAAGGGCGCAGGGUGCUGCUCCUCGACCUGUCCAGGGACUAUGAUGUCAAUAGAACUCGAGUUCGUGAACUCAUGCGGAAGUAUCUUAGCGUCGAGCUUCCUCAUGACACCCAAAAUGAAGCACCUGGGGAGCAACAGGCUGGUUUGGUUGAAGAUGGGGGCAUGCUUGCUAUGUAUUACAGGAUGGAGCGUAAUCUUCGGGAUUCUUUCAAACCCCUAUACGCAUCUUUCUUUGAGAGGCUCAAUGCACAUCCUGGUGGACUGAAGCUAUUAACCUCCAUCCGUGCCGAUCUUCUCUCUGUACCGCCGAAGGAAAAUGUGCCUUCUUUGCAUGCUUUAGAGGCAUACCUGAAGGAAAAGCUUAUCACGUGGCUCAGUCCAGCGACUCUGGAGCUUCAGCAGAUAACAUGGGAUGAUUCUGCAUCCUUGCUGGAGAAGAUUGUAACAUAUGAGGCUGUCCACCCAAUCAGAAAUUUGCUAGACCUGAAGAGAAGACUAAGUAAAGGUCGUCGCUGCUUUGGUUACUUUCAUCCAGCAAUACCAGGUGAACCACUUAUUUUUAUUGAGGUUGCACUUCUGAAGGACGUUGCUUCAUCUAUACAGGAGGUAUUAUGGGAUAGCCCUCCUGCUCCUGAAGUUGAAGCCAAAUGCGCUCUGUUCUACUCAAUAUCAGCAACACAGCCAGGAUUAUCAGGAAUCAAUCUAGGAAAGUUUCUUAUUAAACGAGUGGUCUAUCUUCUGAGAAGAGAUAUGCCUCAUAUCACUAUAUUUGCCACUCUUAGCCCGAUCCCUGGAUACAUUCAAUGGCUUAUUUCAAAGUUGGCUUCUCAACUUAAACUUGCUCAAUCAGAGUCUAAGGAUAUAAAGCACAUUUCAGAGAAAGCUUGUGGGUCAAAUUUCAAGGAGGAUAUCCUUCUUCCAGAAGAAGAGGAGAUGAUACUCAGUGGUUACAUGAAUUGGCUUAACUCGAAUACAGCUUCUGAAAUUGAGCACACAGAAGGAAGGGAAAACAUGUCUGGGAAAAGUGGAAUUGAAAUAAUGUAUGAAAUAUUGACAUCAAAGAAUUGGAAUGGAUCUGUUUGCUUGAGUGAAGCAUUAAAACCUUCUUUGCUCCGCCUAUGUGCAAGGUACCUCCUUCAAGAGAAAAAGCGUGGCAGAGCUCUUGAUGCAGUAGCAAACUUCCAUCUACAAAAUGGAUCGAUGAUUGAGAGGAUAAACUGGAUGGCUGAUCAAUCCAUCAAAGGCAUCGAACAAAGUGGAGGUAUCAUGGUAAAUUAUGUAUACAGGUUGGAUAAGAUUGAUGAAUAUGCUCAGGCAUAUUUGAAUACUGGGCAUGUCCAUGCUUCUUGUAGCCUUCAUCAAUAUCUUCAGAGAUCAAAGGAUGAAAAUAACGCAGCCAGCUAAGAUGAUUUCCUUACAUGAUGGAUAAAAGCUGCAUCCUCAGAUGAAUACUAACGAUGUGAAGGCUGCUACUUAAUCAUUUACAAGCCCCAUCUAUUGAAACGUGAAAUCUCGUGUCUUUCA